CUUGAGACGACCGCAGCUCGCGCGCCCACACCGAGCCGCUUAAGUUUUCCUUCAAUGUCACUCAAUCAGACGCACCGUGAAAAUGGUCGCUAGCUUCAAACAAAACACGGCGGUCGCGUCGCGCGGAUGUCUGCUUGUAUAUUAUGAGUGUGUUAUGUCACUGGCGUAACUCUGGCCGAGUGACUCGAUAAUAGUGAGACGUGUGUGUUUAGUGCAAGCCACAGCUGCCGGCCGGACCAUGGCGGUAUGCGACAAGUGGGUCGCGCUGAAGAUAGUCGAGUUCUUGAUGUGCGUCGCCUGCUUGGUGACGAAGCGUAUAUCUCAAGAUGACGAGGCCCGGCUGGCUCUGCUGCUGCAGAAGCUGUCGCGAGAGUGGUCGCUACUUACCUCUGUCACAUGGGACUCGGUGGGAGGAGCCUUCGCAGACGCCAUAUAUGGAGGCUACGUGAUCAUCACCUUCGGGCUGAUAAUGGCGCGCAUCUUCCAGGAGAUACCGAAAGGGAGGCGGAUACUUGAGGGAUGCUUCCUCGGUUUCGGAAUGCUGUUCUUCUUGAUCCUUGGUGGAUUAGAACUAGCGUCCCUUGACUCAGUACCGAGAUCUUUAGUAGUGAAUGCAUCAGUCCUCGGCAGUUUCUCGCUAGUCGUCGCAGCCUUGUUCCUCAUAGACCUCAUGGGUCCUCGGAUAUACACGACCACGCAGAACUCGCAAACAGACACCGGUAUCGUGUCAUCGCCCAAAAGCGAAAAGAAAGUAUCGAUAAUCUCAUCAUCGAACUUAAAUGGAAACUUGUCUAAAGCUGAUUUAGCCAAUGGCAAAACAAAUGGACAACCCAAUGGCCACGUUAACGGACAUGUUCCCCCCGAAAGACCAAAAGACUUGGAUUUGGAGAAGAAUUUACCAGAUAAAGAUACAAAGAAAGAAGAAAUGACUUUGUUCGCACAGUCGAAAACGAGCUACCCAAAUAUUGGUGAUACUUUAGAAAAAGAUGAAUUACAAAAAUCUAAAUUCGGUUCAAUACGCAAUGGCUUAGAAGCUGGAAAUUAUGUGCGAUUGAACGAGCCUUUGUCUAUACCUGAUAAAUUCCACUACGAGCAAGAAUUAGCCAAGUUUAAUGAAAAGUACCUCAGAGACUACCUAGAUAACUUUGCAGGAAAACUUUCAGUGAGAGAAGACUACUUGCCUGAACCUCAGACGCCCGUGUUUGCCAAAGUGAAGACUGGCCGAUUAAAAGAUUUAUACGAUGAAAUGUCACCUAGUUAUGAACAAAAGCGGUCCAAAUCCCCGACUAGAGCCAAGACAGUACCGUCACCGACUUUGCAACAACUCGAAGACUACUUGCGAGGGUCGACAAGGUCAAAGAGGGCGGAUACGCCGGCUCUUUUUCCCAUGGAGCCAAUAGAAGAGAAAGAAACUACGGACACGGAAGGCAGAGCAUCCGGCACCCCUACGGAUCCCGGAUACGUACAGUACACAGCCGGCAGGUGGCCGGAUAAGACCAGAGAUUUACGGACACCGAGACACAGUCCGACGAAGUAGUGAAUAAGUUAUUUAUACAACGACGCGUGAUAAUCUUGAAUGCCAUGUCUGGCGACGGCAGAACAAAUUCAUCGUCAUGUCCUGUACAUAAUGCCGCGAUGAACAAUGACUGACGAACUUUUAAACCACCUUUAGUGCGAGUGUAUGUAAGACAUUUAUUUUAUAAUUAAGUGAAUAAGAAUACUAAUAAAUUUUUUGCAUAUAUUUCGUCUUAAUAACGAACGAC